AUGGCCACCCUCAUCCCUCGUGCUCCACCACCAAAUCCCCACCGUCACUUCCUUCUCCACCGACCACCGACCCUAUCCCCCCAGCUCCGCCUACGCCUCCCUGUUCGCCGCCUCCGCCUUGCUUCCCCGGUCGCGGCCAUUGCCACGGUGACGGCCGCCGUGCCCCCUGACGACAUCUCGCAGCUCAAUAACCGUCUCCGCGCGCUCGUCCGCCGCCGCGGUGUCUCUUCCGCUGCCACAUCUCCCAUGGACCCCGCCCAGGCGGACGCCUACCUCCACAUGAUCCGCGAGCAGCAGCGCCUCGGCCUCCGCCAGCUCCGCCGGCACGCGGCCGAACCGGAAUACGAGAGAGACGUCGGAAGCAACGCGGAGGACGAGGAGGAGGGCGCCGGAAGGAGGAAGGGGAUGGCGGCCAGGAGCUCUUUGGGGCACCGUGUGGACCCUCGUGAGCUGGAGCCCGGCGAGUACGUCGUUCACAAGAAAGUCGGCGUCGGCAAGUUCGUCUGUAUAAGCGGAGAGGACGGAGAGGACUACGUGUUCAUUCAGUAUGCGGACGCCAUGGCGAAGCUUGCAGUCGACCAGGCAGCACGCAUGCUCUACCGAUACAACCUUCCUCAUGAGAAAAAGAGGCCAAGGAAUCUAAGCAAGCUGAAUGAUCCUUCUACAUGGGAGAAGAGGAGGCUGAAAGGAAAGCUUGCUGUUCAGAAGAUGGUGGUCAACUUGAUGGAGUUAUAUUUACAAAGGAUGAGGCAGAGAAGGCCGCCAUACCGAAAGCCUGAGGCGAUGGAUCAGUUUGCUUCUGAAUUUCCUUACGAGCCUACCCCAGACCAAAACCAGGCUUUCAUAGAUAUUGAGAAUGAUCUAACUGAAAGGGAAACACCAAUGGACAGAUUGAUCUGUGGAGAUGUCGGGUUUGGUAAAACGGAAGUUGCAAUGCGUGCUAUAUUCAUCGUUGUAUCUACAGGAUAUCAAGCUAUGGUUCUCGCACCAACUGUAAUACUAGCCAAUCAACACUAUGAUGUAAUGUCUGAGCGUUUCUCCAACUACCCUGACAUAAAGGUCGCCAUAUUCAGCGGUGCUCAGAGCAAGGAUGAAAAGGAUGAGCUAAUAACAAAAAUUACGAAUGGGCAUUUGCAAAUAAUUGUUGGAACUCAUGCUCUUCUUACAGAACGGAUGGCCUAUAACAAUCUUGGUCUCCUAGUGGUGGAUGAGGAACAGAAGUUCGGUGUACAACAAAAGGAGAAGAUUGCAUCAUUCAAAGCUUCUAUUGAUGUUCUUACCCUGUCCGCAACACCCAUUCCACGAACUCUGUAUCUUGCUUUAACCGGUUUCCGUGAUGCAAGUUUAAUGUCUACACCACCUCCGGAAAGAGUCGCUGUCAAGACCUAUGUGUCAGCAUUUAGUAGAGAAAGUGCUCUAUCAGCUAUCAAAUUGGAGUUGAAGCGUGGCGGUCAAGUUUUCUAUGUUGUUCCUCGAAUAAAAGCCAUAGACGAUGUAUUGCAAUUUCUCAAGGACUCUCUUCCAGAUGUACCAAUGGCUAUUGCUCAUGGAAAGAAAGUGUCAAAGAAUAUACAACUUGCUAUGGAAAAGUUUUCUUGUGGGGAAAUAAAGAUUCUUGUAUGCACACAUAUCAUUGAAAGUGGAAUAGAUAUUCCAAAUGCCAACACAAUGAUUGUCCAGUAUGCAGAACUAUUUGGGCUCGCGCAGCUGUAUCAGUUGCGAGGAAGAGUAGGAAGAUCAGGCAGAGAGGGUUUCACAUACCUCUUCUACACUGACAAGUCUUUGCUUUCCAGAAUUGCCAUGGAUAGACUUGGAGCUAUUGAAGAGCAUUCUGAUCUCGGUCAAGGUUUCCAUGUCGCAGAGAAGGAUAUGGGUAUUAGGGGAUUUGGAAGCAUGUUUGGUGAGCAACAAUCUGGAGACGUUGCAAAUGUUGGCAUCGAUCUGUUCUUUGAUAUGCUUUUUGAUAGCUUGUCCAAGGUUGAUCACUUUCGUCUUAAACCCAUUCCUUAUAAAGAUGUUCAGCUGGACAUUAACAUUUCUCCGCAUCUCUCUUCUGAAUACAUAAGUUAUCUUGAAAAUCCUGUUGAAUUGCUCAAUGAAGCAGCGAAAGCUGCAGAACAAGAUAUAUGGAACUUAAUGCAAUUCACAGAAGAUCUUCGUCAACAGUAUGGGAAGGAGCCCCGUGAUAUGGAGUUGCUAUUAAAAAAGCUCUAUGUAAGGCGGAUGGCAGCAGAUCUUGGUAUCAGCCGGAUAUAUCCAUCUGGCAAAAUGAUCAUCAUGAAAACAAACAUGAACAGGAAAGUUUUUAGGCUCAUGGAAGAAACCAUGGCUUCUGAGACGCAUCGCAAUUCUUUGUCAUUCACUGGAAAGGAAAUUAAGGACUGUAAACGCUGGACAUGGCUUGCAUGCUCAUUGGUUUUGCUCCCAUCCGUGCUCCACACCUACUUAAUGAGCAUUGGACAAUUGUCUCCCUUUCGUCUCUCCAAACGUGUUUUCCCUUGA